CCCAUCCGUACCCCUUCUAAAGCCAUCGAGGCCCCGAGCUGAGGAAUGCCCCUGGCAGCAAAGGGUUAACGCCCCUUGCAGAACCUGGGCGAUUGUGCUUUGGGGGCGGAGCAUCGGGGCGGCAGGGGAUGCGAGAGACACUUGACCCGCCAGGGCGGGAGGACGGUGUGGAGAAUGUCCUGGGUUGGGAGACCCCUGGGUGCCUACAGGCAGUGAGAUCUUCGACCCAUGGCGGACACCCAGUACAUCCUGCCCAAUGACAUCGGCGUGUCUAGCCUGGACUGCCGCGAGGCCUUCCGCCUGCUGUCGCCCACAGAGCGCCUCUAUGCCCACCACCUGUCACGCGCCGCCUGGUAUGGAGGCCUGGCUGUGCUGCUGCAGACCUCCCCGGAGGCCCCCUACAUCUAUGCCCUGCUCAGCCGCCUCUUCCGUGCCCAGGAUCCGGAUGAGCUCCGCCAGCACGCCCUGGCUGAGGGCCUUACGGAGGAGGAGUACCAGGCGUUCCUGGUCUAUGCCGCGGGGGUCUACUCCAACAUGGGCAACUACAAGUCCUUUGGCGACACCAAGUUUGUGCCCAACCUGCCCAAGGAGAAGCUGGAACGCGUGAUCCUGGGGAGUAAGGCCGCUCAGCAGCACCCAGGAGAAGUCAGGGGCCUCUGGCAGACCUGCGGGGAGCUCAUGUUCUCUCUGGAGCCGAGGCUUCGACACCUGGGGCUGGGGAAGGAGGGCAUCACCACCUAUUUCUCUGGGGAUUGUACCAUGGAAGAUGCCAAACUGGCCCAAGACUUUCUGGACUCACAGAACCUCAGUGCCUACAACACACGGCUCUUCAAGGCGGUUGACCAGGACGGGAAGCCCUGCUACGAGGUGCGCCUGGCUUCGGUGCUUGGCACAGAGCCUGCUCUAGACUCCGAAAUGACUUCCAAGUUGAAGAGCCACGAAUUCCGGGGGAGCCGUUUCCAGGUGACCCGGGGGGACUACGCGCCCAUCCUGCACAAGGUGGUGGAGCACCUGGAGAAAGCCAAGACGUAUGCAGCCAACAGCCACCAGGAGCAGAUGCUGGCUCAGUACAUAGAGAGCUUCACCCAGGGCUCCAUCGAAGCCCACAAGAGGGGCUCCCGCUUCUGGAUCCAGGACAAAGGCCCCAUCGUGGAGAGUUACAUCGGGUUCAUCGAGAGCUACCGAGACCCCUUUGGUUCCCGUGGAGAGUUCGAAGGUUUCGUGGCCAUGGUGAAUAAGGCCAUGAGUGCCAAGUUUGAGCGGCUGGUGGCGAGUGCGGAGCAGCUGCUGAAGGAGCUGCCCUGGCCCCCAGCCUUCGAGAAGGACAAGUUCCUCACCCCAGACUUCACCUCCCUGGACGUCCUCACCUUCGCUGGCUCCGGCAUUCCUGCCGGCAUCAACAUCCCCAACUAUGACGACCUGCGGCAGACAGAAGGCUUUAAGAAUGUGUCACUGGGGAAUGUGCUGGCCGUGGCCUACGCCACGCAGCGGGAGAAGCUCACCUUCUUGGAGGAGGAAGACAAGGACCUGUACAUCCGCUGGAAGGGGCCCUCCUUUGAUGUGCAGGUGGGUCUGCACGAGCUGUUGGGCCACGGAAGCGGCAAGCUCUUCGUGCAGGAUGAGAAAGGAGCGUUCAACUUCGACCAGAAGACAGUGAUCAACCCAGAGACAGGGGAGCAGAUUCAGAGCUGGUACCGGAGUGGGGAGACCUGGGACAGCAAGUUCAGCACCAUCGCCUCCAGCUACGAAGAGUGCCGGGCAGAGAGCGUGGGCCUCUACCUCUGCCUCCACCCCCAAGUGCUGGAGAUCUUUGGCUUCGAGGGGGCCGAUGCGGAAGAUGUGAUCUACGUGAACUGGCUCAACAUGGUCCGGGCUGGGCUGCUGGCUCUGGAGUUCUACACCCCUGAGGCCUCCAACUGGAGACAGGCCCACAUGCAGGCCCGGUUUGUGAUCCUGAGGGUCCUGCUGGAGGCCGGCGAGGGACUCGUUACCAUCACUCCCACCACGGGCUCCGACGGGCGGCCGGAUGCCCGGGUCCGCCUUGACCGCAGCAAGAUCCGGUCAGUGGGCAAGCCCGCCCUGGAGCGGUUCCUACGGAGACUCCAGGUACUGAAGUCCACAGGGGAUGUGUCUGGAGGCCGGGCCCUGUACGAGGGGUAUGCGGCGGUCACGGAUGCUCCCCCCGAGUGCUUCCUCAGCCUCAGGGACACGGUGCUGCUCCGCAAGGAAUCUCGGAAGCUCAUCGUUCAGCCCAACACUCGCCUCGAAGGCUCAGAAGUGCAGCUUCUUGAGUACGAGGCCUCGGCUGCUGGUCUCAUCCGAUCCUUCUCCGAGCGCUUCCCAGAGGAUGGGCCCGAGUUGGAGGAGGUUCUCACCCAGCUGGCCACAGCCGAUGCCCAGUUCUGGAAGGGCCCCUGUGAGGCCCCAUCUGGCCAGGCGUAAAGCAGAUUUGUACAGCCCCUCCCCCACUCCAUCAAACCAAGGCUGCAAGUGGCCCCCUUUUUAUGUGCGCAUCAGGGGCUAAGGGAGGGGCAGGAGCUCAGGCCUUGGUGCUACCUCAGCCGAGGGUGGUGACACUAACCCCUUCCAUUUGGCAGCACUUUCCACUUUACCAACUACUUCCCUGGGUUAUCUCAUUUGAUCUGUGCUGCCCUCUGAGGAAUGGGCAAGGCAGGGCGCCUUAUCCUGUUUCCCAGACGGGGAAAUGGAAGUUCUGAGAAGUGACCUGUCUAGAGCCUGCAGGACUCAAAACCUCUCCCUGUCUAGGGCUCUUCAUGGAUUACUUUUAUAACCAGAAAAAUAAAUAUUAGAAAUAAAUAAAUAUUGUGGCCUGAGUAA